AUGCCAUUAUUCACCUUUGACGAAGAAGCCCUCCUGGCAGAAGUCUCUGCCAUCGAUUUCGAAAGCGAAGACCCAGUGGCAUACCAGCCGCAAGAAGAAUCGCAGCCGCUAGGAAUUCCAAUCACUCGCCGUCCCUCGUCUGUUUAUAGGAGACUCUCGGUGCGGUCGUCCGCGCCCCGGAGCGUUGGAAUCACCAUUCCUGCUGACUUCGGCCACGACGCUCCAAACACACUCAAACGGCUGCUUUGCGACUUCGAGCCCAUUCGCGUGUUGGGCCAGGGCGCCUACGGAAAGGUCCACUUGGUGCGCGACCAAUUGAAUGGAAACUUGUAUGCGCAGAAGCAGAUCCGGAAGCCUCAGAUUGACGUUCAGGUGACCGAUGAAGAUACCACCAGUGACUGGAAGUCGGCUCAUGUGCAGCGCACCAUUGCCGAGCGUCAGAUCUUGAGUCAGAUCUCGCACCACUCCAAUAUUGUCAAGCUCUUCUAUGCGUUCCAGGACCACGACAAGUUCUACCUUCUUUUGCAGUACAUCCCUGGUGGAGAAUUGUUCCACCAUUUGACCGCGGCAAACAACACGCUCGGAAACGUGUUCUUGGAAGAACAUGUUGCUUUCUACGCGGCUGAAAUGGCCCUAGGCUUGAAACAUCUCCACCAGUUGGGUAUAGUCUACCGGGACCUCAAACCGGAAAACUGCCUUCUUGACACUUCCGGACACUUGGUUCUCACCGAUUUUGGCCUUUCGAAGGCCAUUGAGGUUGGCGAGACGGAGCUAGAAUGCCGCUCCAUCAUCGGUACCCCUGAGUACAUGGCUCCCGAGAUCCUAAAAGGCGAAACCUAUGACUAUCCAGUUGACUGGUGGCUGCUUGGAUGUGUCAUAUAUGACAUGAUGAUGGGCAAACCUCCCUUCACGGGAAAGUCGCACAAGGUCAUCCAGGACAAGAUCAUUAAAUCGAAGCCCCACUAUCCAAUGUAUUUCUCGCAAGAUGCUAAGGAUCUUCUCGGCAAACUUUUGCAGAAAAACCCUCUGAAGCGGAUUGCUGUGGAUGCCUCUUGGAACACCUUUGCAAGCCACAGAUUUUUUAGAAAGAUCGACUGGAAAACAAUUGAGGACCAACUGGCCCAGCCCCCAAUCAUCCCUGUCAUUACGGAUCCAUCACUUGCAGAGAAUUUCUCAGAGGAAUUCACAACGAUGAAGAUCAGCAACUAUGAUGUUGGGCCUGGACAGAUGGUAAGCAACAACGUCUCUGCUUCUCCGCAUAUGUUCAAAGGGUUCAGCUACACUGCUAGUCACAGUUACAUCGAGAAGUACAAAGCAUAG